UGUAUGUAUAUGUGUGUAUAUAUCUCUGUGUGUGUGUGUGUGUGUGUGUAUGAGAGAGAGAGAGAUAUGCACACAUCAGACCAUACCCACAUUCUAACGGUGGCGUUUGGACCAACAAUAGCACUGCAAUUAAAAGUGAAUUUCAUUGAGUCCAUAGUGUUUGUGUAGUGUCACAACGAAGACGACUGGUUCAACUUGAAAUGAUUGUGGCUGUGAGAUGUAAAAUGCCAUCUCAUAGUAUUAGAAACCACUGUGCAGGACUGUAGUCAUUGUCUUAGGAGUGUCAGAAGCAGCAUAGUGGAAUAGCCUUAGGGCCUAGCUGGCUUAGCUUAACCCCUGUAGCUCAGCUCCUAACUAAGCCAUGUACUGAUGCAAUCCCUUGUGUUUAUUUUAAUGCAAGUCUGUUGUUGGGCUGAACACUCACUGACUUCAUAUUUUGAGAUGGGUCAAAGAUGCUUCCACACUGUCAUCGUGUAGCCAUGUCGGAUCGUGCCUGUUCAAUCAGAAGCUGGGUUGCCAUUGGACAUGGUGCUAUUGUUGCAUGCACAGUAUGUGUGCAUCAGGGUGUAGGUAGUGGUAUUAUCUGUCUCUUGGGACAUUAUGAGCAAACAUGUAUAAUAAAUGAGGCGGUUGUGAGCCAGAGGGUACCGUGGUAGCUCUAGGGCCUUGUUAAGGUAGCAUGGGCAAGAAAGGAUAGCAACUCAUUUAGUAUUCUCUGUAAUCAGAACCACCCCCUCCUGUGGGCACCUUAGAUCACCUUCAACCCCCUGCUGUUACAGUAGAGACCCCUUUAUUGAUUUUUUGUCAUGUUGGGUUGAGUUCUCCAGCAUUGUACAGGUCACCUUUCAUAUGUUGUAUUCUCCCUCCUUUUUCUGUCAAAACUCCGGCACAUUCUGUUCAGCUUGUCUUAGAAACUCCUUGUUUUUCCAUUCACCCAGGACCCUUUAGAGCACCUCGCGAUGGGUUGGGAAUAUUCCCUUUGGUAGUUGUUUGUAUUGUAUUUAAUGUAUUCAGUGCUGUGCAAAUAGUCAUCCUCUGUUGUUCUCCUGUGGGAUCCAUAUUGGUGAAAUUUUCACAUACAGAAUGGCCGAAUGUUUAACGUAUAAGAGUAUAGUCCAGUCUAUGUGGUGAUUUAUCAUGCUGAUGGUAUGUCUUCCAGCUCUUCUUAGAAAACCUGGAGCAUGAAGACUCAUUCAUCUACCUGUCGGCCAUUCAAGGUCUGUCUGCAUUGGCUGAUUCAUACCCCGAGAGGAUUCUGGAAAGGCUCCUAAAAGACUUCCAGCAUGGACCCUCCCUCUCUACAUCCAACCAGGAGCACUCCCUGGAAUUCCGCCUCAAAGUGGGAGAAGUUCUGAUGAGGGCGAGUCGGGCCAUGGGGGACCUGGCGGCCCACCUCGGCCGUCCUCUGAUCGGCGUCUUCCUGCAAGGAACCAGGGACCCGGACCAAAGUAUCCGGGCCAGCAGUCUGUCCAACCUGGGGGAGCUCUGUCAGAGACUGGACUAUACUCUGGGAACGCUGGCCCAAGAGCUCAGCUCCUGUCUGACUGCUCUGAUAAAGACGGAGAAGGAGGCAGAGGUGAGGAGAGCUGCUGUCCAUGUUAUCACCCUGCUGCUCCGAGGCCUCGGCGACAAAACCACCCAGGUUCUCAGUGAUGUUCUGUUGGACCUGUACCGAGCUCUAAAGUGGGUGGUGCGCUCGGACCCGGAUGAUGUUGCCGUGCUCCAUGCCCAGCUGGCUCUGGAGGAGAUCGAUGACGUAAUGAGGAGGUUCAUCUUCCCUGAGCAGAAGCUGGAGAAGAAGAUUGUUGUCCUGCCAUAGAGCUCCAUUUGUAUCUCUUCAUAACCUCUUCACUGUUUGGACUUCUUAUUUUGAUAUGCUCUGCUUAAGGCAGCGCUAGUUCUGCCUCCGUGUGAUGUGGACUUUAUGUCUCUGCACGUUUCUGAGCUACAAGCACCACACUGUAACAGCAGCAUGCAGGAAGUACGUCCUCAUAAAGUACCCGUAUACCAUCAUGUUCUACUGUACCACCAACAGUCCACUUCCAAAAUAAAGUUCUAAAAACAUAUUGUUCUCAAUCUUUAUUAUAUAUACAAAGUAUUAAAAAUAGGUAACUGUUCAUACCGAUACUGCCACUAUUUUACCCAGAGUCUUAUUAGUGAUCACGUAUCAGCCAAAGACCCCUGAUGGAGGAACACCAGGCUUAAAGGGGCAGUCCACUGCUCUACAUGUCAGUCACUUUACUAGUCAUUGGGAAAACUACUCAACAGUAGAAACCGCUGUGUGAUCACAGACGUGGGGUUUAGCACUGCUCCGUCCCUUUAGGAGACCAUCACUCCAACAGGACAAGUGAACAGAUUAUGUGUAAAUAUUGGGCCCAUUUUUCACAAGACGGACAAAUCAGGAGAAAAUAUUCAAGACCUGUCUCAGCAACACUCUCACAAUACGUGGUGGCGUUACUAGUCUAGCAUUAAUGUUAGCCAAACUGUCAACACUUUAAGCAAACGUCAACUGUCGUUAGCUAACGCGCUAGCUAAGUCAUUUCUGUAAUGCUAAAUUUGGUUGUUAGCUGUGUUGAUAUCUAAUGUUAUAUUAAUACAUUGGACCGCUCCCACAGACACAGUGUAUGUCAAACCAUUGGUGCAACUUGUAAUGCGUCAUCUUUUAUGUCUUCUGUGCCUCUAGAGAAGCUUUGUCAAGAACAACCUAACGGGCAUUAUGGGAAAUAAGGUUUGUUAGUACAAGCGUCCCGAGUCAGUUAGUCUCUUUACUGGACAGGCUUGUUGUAAAUCACUCGUCAACUCAACGUACAGCACCUGUUCAUGAGAUCAGGAACAGUGGCUCAAGAGGGUUGUCUGGUGACCGCAAGGUCGGCGGUUCGAUCCUUGACUGGUACGUGUCGAAGAG